AUGUCCUCCACGACCGCCCUGUCCGGGUAUCGAGACAAACGUGCUGCUCUCAUAUUACGGGAUCGAUCGCUUCGUCGAGAAAAUUUACGAGUCAAAGCACUCACCUUGAACGAAAUCAAGGCUGAUGAAAUCUUACGGCGCAUACGCGCUGAUGAGGAGGCUACAAUAUGGAAAGAGGAGCAUCCAUCAAUUCCUCAUCCCUUUCCUGGGAUGGAAUUUUUGACUGGCAAGAGUAUUAUCGUCCGCACUAAGAUAUUCGAGAUCCUCAGCAAGAUGCCGAAAGGCGCGCUCCUUCAUGCACAUCUAGAUGCGAUGGUCAACGCUGAGUUUCUUCUCAAACUUGCACUCAAAUAUCCUGCUUUCCACGUUCGGAUUCACCAACCCCUGACCGUUGCGAACCUGCCCACCAACUUGCCGGAAUUUAGGGCAUUAUCCGAGGACCUCUUCACUCAUAGUGCCAGCUUAACGGACUCAGGUUAUGCUAUCGGAACAUGGGUUCCCAUCAGGAAUGCUCGGCAGUCCUUCAACGCUGAGUUCGGUGGACCAGAAGGAUUUGAUAGAUGGGUCCUAGCCGCAAUGACGAUUAACCCUGCAGAAGCUUACGGAACCCACAAGACCGUUGCAAAGAUAUGGCAAAAGUUCGCCAGCACUUUUAUCACGUCCGAUGGGUUGAUUCACUUCCAACCAUUGUUUGCAGAGUAUAUGAGAGUGUUCUUUCUUACUGCAAUUGAAGAUGGUAUCUCGUAUAUUGAAACCAGGAUCAACUUUCUGCGCAAGUUCAUGGUUGGGGCGGACGGACGAGAAAAUGUCCCUCAUCGCGAGUGGUUACUUAUGUUUGAUCGAGUUCAGAGUGAAGUCAAAAUGAAGAUGAAGAUCGACGGGCGUGAAGAUGCCUUUAUUGGAGCCAAAAUCAUCUAUUCUACCAUACGUUUCAUCACUCCAGAAGAAUUAGAAUGGUACUUGGAGGAUUGUAUUGCUUUGAAGAAAGAGUUUCCGCAUCUCAUUGCCGGAUUUGAUCUCGUUGGGGAUGAAAACGCCCUGAAGCCGCUCAUCUACUAUAUUGAACCACUUCUCCACUUUCGCGAGCGUCAGAAGGACGAGGGCGUUGAUAUACCCUUCCUCUUUCACGCAGGGGAAACGCUUGGUGAUGGGACUGACGCAGAUGUAAACCUUUACGAUGCCAUUUUAUUGGGAACAAAACGGAUUGGUCACGGAUUUUCCUUGAUAAAGCACCCAGAACUUGUCAAGAUUUGUCGUGAGCGUGGAAUUGCUGUUGAGGUUUGUCCGAUAUCAAACGAGAUUUUGCGAUUAACAUCGUCAAUGCCAAUGCAUCCACUCCCCGCGCUCAUGAAUAAUGGAGUACCGGUUGCGUUAUGCUCCGACGACCCGGCAGUAUUUGGCAACAUGGGACUCACUUUCGAUUAUUACCAAGUCUUUGUGUCCAGUGAGGUGUGCGGAUUGAGCACCCUGGGUGGGCUUGCGCGAGACAGUAUAGAGUUUUCUACGCUGAACAAUGAAGAGAAAAGGCAGGCUAUCGCUGGGUGGGAGCGACGUUGGAGGGAUUAUGUGGAUUAUAUUGCCGGUUUGGUAUGA